AUGGACCUCUUUAUCUAUAAUCCGACCUACGAGGUCUGGAUUUGCACAGCGCGUCAGUGCCAGUAUGCUGUCUCACCACAGACCCUGCUUACACACCUCCGUGUCCAUCACCGCUCACACGCGACCGUGGCCACCGUGGCCCUGCGUGAGGCAGCCUUGACAGAGAUGCUGAAGCGGCCGUGGAUUGAUCCCACUAAGAGAUCCUGUGUGAUCCCGUCCCCGGCCGACCCACCAAUCCCAGGGCUACCGGUCUACCAGGGCCAUGGCUGCCCCCAUUGCUCCUACGUUGCUCGCACCACUGAGACUAUUCAGAAGCAUCACCGUGAGACCCAUAGAGACCUGGAGCCUCCCUGCGGCCGUGGGCGGAAGCCACAGUGGCAGGCAAAGGCCAGCUGGCGCCUCGCCAAUCGCGUUGUCUCCUGCCAGCGCUUGUUCCCUAACAAGCACGGGAGUCAGUUCUUCGAGGUCACCUGUGCCGCCACGCCACCCAGCAAGCAGGCACUGCGAGCCACCGUCUCCAUGACCUCCGCGGAGCGGAUCCGCGCCUGCGUGGACCAGGCACUGCGGGAGGGCCAGGCCGCGGCAGAGAUCGAGGAUGGCCAGGUACCCGCAAUAGAUCCCCACCCUACGGCUGUGUCCCCCUGGCUCGAGCUGACCCGCUGGCCGGAGUACCUGCGGGGACAGGACCAGGCUGCAGUGGCAUUGCUGGGAUGCCUGCCUGAUCCUGCCAUGGAGCUUGUUCUCCUGCAGUUCAGCGCCAGUAUCAAACGGUUGAUUGACCAAGCCUACCAGGUGAUCAAGGACGGCCGUCUGAAUGAGUUCAACCAGAUCCAGAUCAACACCUUCUUUCGCAAGCCCAGUGUGUGGAACCGGCCUAUCCAGAUCCAUCUGCGGCCGGCUACCUACCAUCGAUACUGCCAGAUGGAGGAGCAUGCGCAGCAGCUGCUAGACCUGCAGGGCCAGGACCAGCCAGUACUGCAAGGAAAGGUGCAAAAACAGCUGGACCAGGCCUGUCUAGCCCUCUCGAUUGCCCUGCUGGAUCAUCCUCUGCAGGGAGACCUUUUCGACAGCACCCUGGUCGGCUUCCUGGCGGUCCUGGGGGUGGACCCCGCGCGCCAGACCUUCCGGGACCCGUAUAGCUACACCAGCUACCUGUCCGGCCUGGUCAAGAUGGCCCAGAUGCUGGUGGCCCUGCAGGCCGUCCGCCUGGCCGAGACUGGCCAGGUUACCCACCCCGCGGACGCCCUAGACGAGAUGCGCGAGCGCUUCUUGCUAUACAGGAUGAGCAUGCAGGGAUUCCGCCAGUUUAUUGCCAGCCAGGUUCAGCUGGCCCAGGCAGAGCUCACACAGCUGUUCCUGCUGCAUGAGGAGGAGGUUCAGGAGGAGGCCCUGCCCACCCAGGGGGAACGCUGGCUGCUGGACCGGGUCCUGGGGGCAGAUUGGCUGCGGGAGGAGUUCAUGGAGAUCCACCAGAUUGGGCAGCGGGAUGAGGUCCUAUGGCAGGAGGGGCCGGUGGACCAGUACCUGCAGCAGGUAGACAGGUUCCUGCAGCGGCUGCUGCUGCUGGUGCAUGUCACUGGGGGCCAGCCUGGGCGGGCCACCGAGCUGCUGACCCUGACCCAUAGCAAUACCAAGCAUGGCCGCCACCGGUCUAAUUUUAUCGAGCACGGCCUGGUUAGCACGGUGACUACCUACCAUAAGGGAUAUUCGAUCAGUAACUCCACCAAGAUCAUCCACCGCUACCUACCCAAGGCAGUCAGCGAGCUGGUGGUCUACUACCUCUGGCUAAUCCUGCCUUUCUGCCAGUCCCUGCAGCGGCUAGCCCGGGGCCAGCGCGGGACUGCGUCCCCCUACCUCUGGCCCGCGGGGGAGGGGACCUGGGGAAGUGACCGGCUGCGGAAGAUCCUUCAGCAGGAGGCUAAGACCCAUCUACAGACCCUGUCCUACCGGCAUGCAGCGAUCGCGAUCUCGCGGGUGCACCUGAAGUGUGGCGGCUUUAAGCAGGACUAUAGUGGCACAGAUAACGCGGCCUUUAAUGAGCAGGCUAGCCAUGGGUCCUGGAUUGCGGGCAUGCGGUUCUUCCCAUUGCGAACAGGGUCCCAUUACAUUCAGGUCCGAUCUCCCACGACUGUGCCGCGAGAGCCAUAUACUCCAGCCCCCGCCAACCAGACUCAAGCAGGGGUGGAUGAGGUCAUGUCGGCGUGGGAGCAGGCGCAGGCUAAGGCCGAUGAAGUGAUUCAGGCCGGUGAGAUCACCGAUGCGAACCCAUGGCUGCGAAUGACGGGAUGGGCCGACUAUCUGCAGGGGAUCCAGGCCAAUGACCUACUUGCCUGCGUGGCAGCCCCAGAGGAAGAUACUAUGGAUGCUACUGAGCAGGGGGUGCAGGUGAUCUGGGAUACCAUGGAGCAAGUGGCCCGGAAGAGCCAGCAGACGGUCCAGCAUUGCGGCCAGGCCAUCUGGGUGGAGGCUGUCCGGUCCGAAAAGGGGCAGACCCCAUACCGGCCAUUAUUAGCAUACAUGGACGAAGCCGCGAUCCAGAAGCAUGUCCAUCCAUGGCAGCAGAUUUUGGCAUUCAUUGCCCGCACCCAGGCCCCACAUGACUGGACCAGCCCGAAAUAUGGGAUGACCGGCCAGCAGCGCAAGAAAUGGCAGCAGUUAUGGCAGCUGGCUGGCCAGGGCCCCCGGAGCAGCCCCGAUCCCAUGGAUCCCAGGACGGACGCCCCGCAGCGGGAGGCAUGGGCCAUGACGGACAUUAAAAAGGCAUGCUUGGAGUUUUGUAUUGAGCUAUUGAACCAGUGCUAUCGCAGCCACGAAUACAAGAGUGCAUUAGUAUGCGCCAUGGCCGUGUUGGGGCAGGGGGAAACUGGCUGGCGGGACCCCGAGAGUUACCCCCCCAUAUUAUCCCGGGUCAUCAAAAUUGCGCGGUUUAUGGUGGUCCAGAAGGCAUUGUGGAUGGAUCCUGACCUAUGGCAGAUCAUCCAGACAUGGGAGAAGAAGGACCAGAGUGCGGAAUGGGUGUUAGCCAGUGCAGAUGACACAUUAGGGGACAUUGAUGAGGGUUAUGACAGUGAGGAUGCCAUGGCACCCCGAUCAUCACCCCCCACAUCAUCCAUCCACAGUGACGACCCAUUACCCACUGUGGACAUGCACCGGCAGGGCUAUCGGCCAUUCCAGGAGCAGGUGACGUGGAUGAUGCACUACCCCGGGCAUGUGAUGUGGAUGGGUGAUGACCAGUUAUUAUACCAGCAGAUCGCGUUCACCAUAGGUGAUUUUCGUGGAUUCAUCCAUGGGUUGGUCACGGCGGCCCAGGAGAUAUUAGGCCAGUUAUGCAUGCAGGAUUACGACCAGAUGCCCCCAAUCCCAUGGACUGCAUUAUACGACGACCCCAGCCAGAGCCAGCCCGGGUGGAAUUUUUUGCAGGACGCACGGACGCAGUGGCCGGUGGAUGGGUCCCGCUGGAUGAUUAACCAGGUCCGGGCCGAGCCGGCCAUGCAGCAGCAGUUCAUGCGGGGCAGCCAAUUCCACCCCCCAGCCAUCCAGCAGUAUUGGCAGCGCGUGGCCCAAUUCAAGGAGAAGUUAGCAAUCAUGGUCCAUGUCACCGCAGGGCAGCCCGCACGGGCACCAGAAUUAUUAAGCAUUCAGCAUACAAACACCGCAAAUAGCAUGCGGCGGAAUAUAUAUAUGGAAGAUGGCAUGGUCACAUUUGCGACGGCAUAUCACAAGGGGUUCCAUGCCACCAAUGAUGUGAAAAUUAUCCAUCGAUAUGUGCCACGGGAGGUUGGCGAGUUGGUGAUAUGGUAUAUUUGGUUGGUGAUGCCGUUUAUUAACCAGUUAAGUGCAUGGCAGGCAUCGCAGACGCAGACCACGCAGACCACACCGACCAGCGAGGCGACUGAGGCGAACCCAAUGGGCCAGACAGCCCGAACAGCCCAGACAGUCCCAAUUACCCACCACAGUGCAUGGUUAUGGGGUCCCAACCCCGGCACCGGCCGUGAAUGGUCAUCCGAACGGUUCCGCGAGGCGUUAAAGCGGGAGACGCGCACCCAAUUGGGGACCGCCAUCCACAUUGCUGCGUACCGUGACAUUACCAUUGCCAUCAGCCGCCGAUUUUUGCGGCCAUCCACCGCGUUCCCCCAUAAUAUUCAAGAGGCCAACCCAGCCCCAGCGGCCAUGGAUGCCGAUGCUGAGGAGGGCAUGGAUAUGGAGCAGUGGAUAGGCCAUAUUACUGAUUUACAAGCCGCCCAUUCAUCGCAUGUGGCCGGCAUGGUAUAUGCCCGGGAUCCUCCCCGUGCUCCUGCCGCUGGAGACUACACCUCUACCGAACACCAUACAGCGUCAAAGUCCACUGCGCCCUCUGCUGGCAGAGACUCAACCGGCGCUCCCAUAACCGGAACUGGCGCGCAUGGUCGUGACCCGCUUCUCGCAGGACCAGUUAAGGACCUGCUGCUUCUGCAGUACCACCCUCCUAUCUACAGAGGAGGAAGGCUGGUGUUGUAG